AUGCAACGUUUGAUAGAAGAAAGACGAAAUGGAGGUCAAGGGGGGUUCACGGCGAUUCACGUUAAGAGGUUCAUGAAAUUUUCCAGAGAAUGUGCAGUUUGUGGAGCUCCGAAGUCAGUCGGUGGUGGUGCGUUAUCACAAUGCAAACAAUGCAAUAUGGUGCUAUAUUGUAGCGAGGAACAUAGAAAUUUUGAUUGGAAGCGGCAUAAACCACUUUGCAAAACUGUACAAUCUCAGCUAGCAAGGAGUACUACUGCUGCUGCUGCUACGAUUGAGCAAAAAAGUGCUGAUAAAGUUAUAGAUCCUAUUAGUUGUACAACAGUGAUCAAUGCAAAAUGGCUAGGCAAUAGAUUGUGCGAAAAUUUUAUUAACACAAGCAGUCGAGAUAAUCGGAUUCUUGAAAAAAUCAUUGAUACAUCGGAGAAAGUAUCGAGGAAGAGAAUACUGCAGAUGAACUGCAGACACUCUCAGCUGAUUAAUCAUUCUACUAAUCCUAUCUUCACGAUUAGCCUACAAGAUCACCUGAAAUUACUUACCGCAAGUGGAUUCGAUCAACAGCAAGCAGUUGCCUUGCAUCUGAAGUGCAUUGCGGACCAUGCUGUUAAGUGCUUGAAUGAUUAUGGUUGGGCCAUCGUGGAUAAUCUUCUUGGACAAAAUCACUGUUAUCAUAUUCAUAGAGAAAUGAAUUAUUUGUACAAUAGUGGUAUCUUUAAACCAGGACAGUUGUUGGAAACAAGAAUGAAUUCGAACUCACGAAAUAUACGGUCAGAUGAGGUUUAUUGGUUUGACAACAAUGAUGAACAAGUAAGUGUGGCAGUGACAGUUCGAUUGCUUGUCUCAAUGAUUGAUUCCAUCAUUGUUCAUUUUAAUGGCCGUGUACCCUAUGAAAUUAAUGGACGCUCACGGGCAAUGCUGGCAAUAUAUCCAUCAAAUGGAACACAUUAUGUGAAACACAUUGAUAACCCAAUGAAAGAUGGUCGUUGCAUUACUGCUAUUUAUUAUUGCAAUCAAAACUGGAAUGUUGAAAGGGAUGGUGGUUGCUUCAGGCUUUUUCCCAAAACAUCGGAUGUCCCAGUGGAUAUCGAGCCACGAGCUGACCGGUUGUUACUUCUAUGGUCAGAUCGUCGGAACCCGCAUGAAGUUCGUCCAGUAUAUCGGGAUCGCUACGCUAUAACAGUUUGGUAUUUUGAUACGAGUGAAAAACUGGCAGCAAUGGCAAAGAAAAGUAAGCAAAAUGCGUUAGAUGAAAAAUUUGAAAAUAAACAGCAGUUGCAGCAAUCCAUUCUACUUAGUAAUGAACAGAAGUUGCAGCAGCCGCUACUUUCUUCUUCGAACAGUUUCAUAAAACAGGAACCGGACAUAUUGUCAUCGCUUGACAACCUUCCAAAUCAUUUUAUCAUUUUUCAUCCUACCGUAUCAUCCACACAACCACUACGAAUUGCUUUUGAAACACAACAAAUCACGAAACAUAGAAACGAUACAGAACAGGAGGGAAAUCACGUCAAACAUCCAUACAAACAUUUUGGUCAACAUUAUGAAUACAUUUAUGAAACGCCUUCUUCACCUGAUCAGAGGCCUAAAUUUUUGCUUUCAUAUGAUUCAAUUGGUGGUGAUCAGACUGAUAUGGCAGGAAACAUUAAGCAAAUAGGCAAUUCAAAAAAUCAUAAACCAAAAAAGCAUUGGCAAUCAAAUGCUAAAGAAAUGCAAUUCUUAGAUGCGCAAGCUGAACAAUUUCAGCAUCAAUCGGAAAAUUCUGAUAUAACGGAUUUUCCACAAAAAAUCAGUAACCUAUAUUUUAAAAAUGCAUGGAAAGAAAAUGAAAAUGCUCGAAAGCGUACGCAAGAAGAAUAUGAAAUUGUGCAUCGAUUAGCUAGCGAUAUUUUUGAUCAAGCACAGGAGGAAAUGUCGAAAUUUCCGACUUUCGAUAUUUCGCGUUUUCGGAAAUUAUUUUCGAGAGUAGCAGAUGUGCCAGCAUCGUUACUAGAAAAUUCCUUUCCCGAAAGAAGAGCAAAUCCGGCUUAUGGUUCAAAUAGAUUUCAAUUAAGAAAAGAAGAAGACAAAAAUAUUUCCAAAAAAUUUCAACCGUUGCAGAGAAAAAAUGACGUGCGUAGGAUGUCAGAAAAUGCGAAACAUAAAAUGAAAAGUGAUAAGGAUAGGCGAUGGACUAAAAAUGGUGCAUUAAAAAAAUCCCAAAAUGAUGGCAGCUAUCAAUUAUUUGGUACAUUGCCGAAAUUUGAUCCGAGAUUCCCGUUUGAUCGAGCAUACAAACUAAUGGAUGGCUUACGAUCACCAGAAUUAUUGAAAUUUCCAUCAACCAAUUUUCAUAUUUAA